CGCGCCGCGCUGCCGCCCUCUCUCCGGUCCGGGCCUCUCUCCAGGGCGUCUGUAAACACAGCCAGAGCCUGUCAUGGAGGGGGAGGAGGAGGCAGCCGCGGCGAAGGGAGGCGUUCUGCGCCGCCUCCAGGGUCCGCUCUGCCAUCCCUGAACUGGUCCCUCGUCCCCGUGACUGUGGCAUCAGGGAAGCGAACUGUUAGGCGAGAGGAGGAGGCAGUCAGAACCUUAUCCCGUUCUUUCCCCGGGGCUGGGGCCGGGCCGGGCCAGGCCGGCUGAGCCGGGGGAGGGCCGGGGGAGGGAGCGCCCGGCCGGGCUGGCCUGUCUGCCGAGAUGGAUGACAGUAAGGUGGUUGGAGGUAAAGUGAAGAAGCCCGGCAAACGUGGUCGAAAGCCAGCCAAAAUUGACUUGAAGGCAAAACUCGAGAGGAGCCGGCAGAGUGCAAGAGAAUGCCGGGCCCGAAAAAAACUGAGAUAUCAGUAUCUGGAAGAGUUGGUAUCCAGUCGGGAAAGAGCCAUUUGUGCCCUCAGAGAGGAACUGGAAAUGUACAAGCAGUGGUGCAUGGCAAUGGACCAAGGGAAAAUCCCUUCUGAAAUAAAGGCCCUACUCACUGGAGAAGAGCAGAACAAAUCUCAGCAGAACUCAAGCAGGCACCUGAAAGCUGGGAAGACAGACGCUAACAGCAAUUCCUUGAGGAUUUGUUCACUCCAGUGAAUGCAUCAUGCCAGCGGCACAGCAAAUUUGAAGAAUGUUGGACUGGUCGGCAGAAGGCAUUUUUGUUUACCCCUACAUUGACCUCUCUUGGACAUAAUUUGCUCUUCUAAACAGUGAGGGGCUUGGGUUAGGUCUCCCAACGUCCCAUUCCUUCUACUCUAAAAGUCGAAUUCUUUGCUUCUGUUACGUGUGGUUUUUAUAAGGAGCAUAACCUUGAAGCUGAUCCUGGUCCAGCAGCUCCAACAGAUCUUUCUUCUGUUGCUUCAAAGCAAGUUUGGCAGGUAGCAGCAAGGCUGGAGGGAGAAGGGAAGCACUGCGCCCACCAGGAGAGCCAAGAGUGCCAACCUUAUCUGGCAAAUGACUCUGCUCCCCACAUGCUUGGUGGAGGUCCCCCUGGAUGAAACUGCCCUUGCUGAGAACUCUGGCCCAGGGCAUUCAUUGGUCCCAGGCACCCUGGGGAAACCUGUGACGGAAGGUCCACAGGGAAGUGUACCUGAGCAGGAUGUGCUGAUGGACUUUGGGCAGCAGGCUGGUGGCACUAAUGAUUUCACUGAAGAUUAGAAGGAAAGGAGAAAUUUGAAUUCCACCUCAAAGGAUGCGACCCUGUCCCUUCCUCUGAUGGUCUGUGGGCACCUGGAGCCAGGGAGGGGAAUUGCUCUCCUCAGAACCCUGCUCCCCGUUAGCUUUCCUGAACUCCUGGUUGGAAGCUACAUGAAUCCACAUUCGUGAUGCACCUCGUCAUGUGCCUGAUAAGGAGACUGGAGUCGUUUUCCUAUUCCCCCCAACAGCCUGCCUCCCUGUGCUUGGCAGGUAAACGUGAGGUAUGGUGAAUGUUGUUCCCGUACUGCUGGGACUUAUGCAAAUCUUCAUCAGUCUGUGCGUUACAUCCAGUUUCUUCCAAAUUCAGGAUCAAGUGAGACAACAGGAAUCCUAAAUAUUAAACUAAAAAAAUAAAAUAAAAUAAAAUGAAUUAUCCACAUGCUGAGAAAAUGUAGCUGAAUUAUCAUAGGUCAUGAGACUUCAGAGCUCUCUCCAUUGUGAUUUGAUUAACACUCUUUAAUUUGUCAUUAUUUGGGAGGAUUUAAAAAAAAAACUAAUCUCGAUAACAAGAGUUUGUAAGAGGUUGUCUCACUCAAUUUCCACCCACUGGGGUAAACUCACAGAACAUUAAGGACAGAAUGGAGCUUUGUAAUCAUCUAGUCUUUUUUGGUUUAAACUGAGACCUAAAAUACAUAUAUAAAUAAAAUUAAAGUAAAUGAAAUUUUGCUUGUUACAAUCUGACUUUAAAAAAUAAAUUUAAAAAAAAAGUA